AAAACCUACAACCAACAUCUUAGUAAUACUUCGUCUUUCGUAGUAGCAAACGAGAUAGAAGCUGAAUACAAAGAUGGCUCAAACUGCAAGUAUUGGUCAGAUGGAGGGCAAAAAAUCAUCCCAAAUAUUAGAUAAAGUCCUUUCUCCAUUCACCUAUUUGACAAAAUCCCCUAGUAAAAAUUUGUCACGCAAGACGGGUCUGUUUUUUAACCAGUGGCUCAAAAGUGAAGAAAAAUAUGUCUCAGCGGUGGGCGAUAUAUGCGACAUGUUUCACCAGUCCACUCUGUUAGUGGAUGACAUUCAAGACUCGAGCGAUUUGCGUCGCGGGGUGGCCUCGGCCCAUUUAAUUUUUGGCGAGCCUCUCACUAUGAAUGCGUCGGCGUAUAUGAUGCUCGAAUCCACGCACCGGGUUCAUACCGUAUUUCGGGAUUUGACAGUACUUCGAAAGUUUUGCAAAUAUGUGAAAUUUCUGCAUAUUUCGCAAGGCAUGGAUUUAUACCUGAGGGAUUAUCAGUGUGAUAAGGACGACUUGAGCGAGGCCAACAUUCCUAGCGAACAGGAGUACGACGCCAUUUUGGUCCACAAAACGGCUGGGCAAAUGAUGAUAAUGGCAACUUUGCUUGGAUCCAAGAGCACUGCGGGUGUUGAUUUGGUUCCAUUGGCGCAAAUCAUUGGGCAUCAUUUUCAAGUUCGGGACGACUAUUUGAACAUAAUGUCGAAAAAGUAUGAAGAAAAGAAAGGAUUUUGCGAUGAUCUUACCGAGGGAAAGUUCAGUCUUCCGGUAAUCUACGCUUUACGCACUGUGAACGAUAAGGCUAAACGACUCCAUGAAAUUUUACGAAUGCACACCAAGGAACGAAGCUUUUUGCAGGAAGCCUUAGAUAUUUUACAUGACGCUGGGGCAAUUCGCUACACGGAGAAUAAAAUGCGCGAACUGAGAAUGAAUGUCAUGAAGGAGUUGACCGUGCUCGGGAGUGAGAUGGAUAUCACCAAAUUAAUGGAGAUUAUUGGAAUUAAUAUGUAAAACUAAAUACAUUAUUAGUUCGGUCUGAAAAGGAUUAAACUUCAUUUCGUCUUGAACCUUAAAAUUUUCGGUUCAUGAAAAAAAUAUUUCGAUUUUAGACUCAUUGGUUGGCUGAAAUAAAUGUUAUUUUGGAGCAAA